UUCUCCCCCUUAGUUUAGGUAACACAUGUAGCACAAGAAGCGACCAAUGAAACCUCGGCAUUUAGUGAACGGAGAAACUUUCUUUUCUCUUCUCUCUAUCUUGUAUUUUGUUAAAACCCAGUCACGUGUAAAGUGGACACAGUUGGUGGACGUUUUGCUUUAUACUGACUUGACCAGGCGGAAGUUGUGCGCUGUGACCAUUGUGCAGGGUUGGAACUUAUAUUCGUGUAUCAACGGACGCUGGAUAUCUACAUGGUUUAAUAGUUCUGUAUCUGUGUUAUUUCUCACUGACCGUGUCCUAGGAUAAUUCUAAAUAGUGAAGUCUUUAUAGUUGUGGUGAUUCUCUCAGUUACACGGAUUUAAGUUGCUGCUUCUAUUAUCUGUAUCACGUGACUGUGUUGACCACACAGACGAUAUAGUUUCACUUUCAACUGGACGCUUAAUCUUUCCUUCAACUUUCUGCAAAGUGAACCGUUGGAUGGAGGAUGACGGAGUAAAUAGGUUCACUGUGCGGCUUUUCACUUUCUCUCACCAGCGCACGUUUGAUGUCGGCUAUUUAUCUACACUUUGUUGAAAUAACAAUCUUUAUCUUGCUAGCUAAACAAUUGAUUUUUGAGAUUUACAAACACAGGGAGACGAAGUAAACACCCAUAAAAGUUACAUAGCAGUAGAUUAAUGUACACCACCGUUUAUACUAAGCAUGCAAACUCUUAAAUACUUGGUCUUGGUUAGUGUCUUCUUCUGUUUUGUGGUAUGAUCAGUCAAGUGGCUUACUAAUAGACAUAAAUAUCUUACUUCAGUAUAGUCACUCAACGAUGUCAGUGCGUAGACCUACUCUCUAGUUCAAACUGUGAUGUAUUUAGUAUUGCAACUAGUGCCAUCUGUGUGCUAUGUAACCGAGAUCGAGCAUUGAACCGAGGACGUACUAAAUAGAACAGUGGAUGUGACCAAACAUCCUCGCAGAUGUGAUGUGAGUAAGAGCAUGGCAAACCUUUUCAUCAUGUGGCUAGUAAUGAUAAAACUCGCCAAGUCGGACCAGGGAAAUUAUACAGAUCUACAUGAGUCUAUUACCGGCAACAACGUGGUCAGCCACCCAUCCCUUCUACUCUCUAUGUUGACACCAACUACUGAGACAUCCAAGCAUCAAGAAGAGGGACAGUCUAGCGAAGUCAAGCAGAAGUGUUGUGAAAAUGGAGGCCUUUGUGUUAUGGGAGUCUUCUGUCAUUGUACAGGAAAAUAUCAUGGCCAAAGAUGUGAAUUUGAAAGAAAACCCUGUGGUGAUAUCGCCCAUUACCAGUGGGCCAGAUUAGGAUGUAACUUGUGUAGAUGCUUUGAUGCUAAGAUGCACUGUUUAACAAGAGUCUACGAAGGCUGUGAUGACAAGCCACCAAAAACAGAUGUUGAUACCUCUGAUUACCUGAAUGAUAGGGAGAUAUUCCCAGCAGACAGUGACAGUGAUUAUGAUAAUUAUGGAAGUGGGGAUUAUAGUUACAAUGAGGAUGACAGGGUUCAAAGAUCAGGCUCUUCUAAGCUUAUCACCCACUUACUCACAAUGCUGUUGGUAAUAGUGACUGUGAUGUUUUUGAUUGGCUCCCCAUGGCAAGUGUUACCAUUCACUUUUGUGAUUGAGUGCUCUUAGCAGUCAGUGGGUGACUUGUUGAAUUCCUUGAAUGCCAAAGUUAAAAUCAUCUACAAUCAAUCAAUGGGAUAUUUCUUCAGAAAGUGCUCAAAUUUCUGUAAUAUGCUCUAAUUUCUGUAAUAUGUUGUUCACAUCCUAUCAUCUUCAUCAAUAAUUGAUAAUUCAUUUAAGUUGGAUCCUUAGCCUACAGUGUAGAGUACCAACAUUUUAUCUCUCGCCUCCGGUGUGGAGUAUCAACAUUUGGAUCUCUAGCCUACAGUGUGGUGUAUCCACAUUUGGAUCUCUAGCCUCCAGUGUGGUGUAUCCACAUUUGGAUCUGUAGCCUACAGUGUGGUGUAUCCACAUUUGGAUCUCUAGCCUCCAGUCUGGUGUAUCCACAUUGGAUCUGUAGCCUACAGUCUGGUGUAUCCACAUUUGGAUCUCUAGGUUACAAUGCAUUACAUCAACAUAAGAUGACACUCUGUUUUAUUAUUUCUGAGGAGAUUGAAUGAAUUUUCUUGAAAAAAAACUGCACAUUAAAUAGAAACAUUUACAGUUGGUAAAUGAUCUCAUGGUUGAUAUACAAUACGUAACACAAACUUUACAUAUGUAUUAAAAAUUUAAAAUGUUUUUGUAAUCCAAACACUUAAUGAAUGUAAAUUUAAAUUAUUGCUUUGUAUUAUGGAGGUUCUAGUCAUUAGACCUGUGGAUAAAAAAUGUUUUGUUGAACUGGUUUAAACAUUUCAUGUAUGAAUUAAAAUAUGUUUAAAAUCUGUGUCUUUCUUGUAUGAUAAUUAGCUUACUGUACUAUUAAAAUUUACACCAAGAUAUUUGAAUCCAUGUGUACAAUUAUGUCUCAGAUAUAAUGAUGAAUCAUGAAAAUAAUUUUCUGAAACAUACAUUAUGAUUGGGGGGGGG